GAAGAAGAAGCGGAGGCGUUGACGCUGAUUGUUGCUGCUGUAACUCUGCGAUCACUACAGACGCAACAAAACACAUCGGAGGAUUUUAGAGCAGCUAAUUACGGUAAUUACACGUUUUAACGUCACUUUGGUUCUGUUAUAGGAAGCUAAACAGUCAGAGCAGAUGUUUAUUCAUUAUGUGAGGCUUUGAUUGUCUUGUGCUUUUGAUUGUUACAGUAUCACGGGGCUAAUUUGUUGUGCUUACAUUGAUUUGUUGUAGUCAUAUUCCGGUAACUUUACUCUUUCUCUUUGUUUACAGAUGUCUUUACCCAAUGAAACGUGUUUGCAUUAAAUUCUUUAUUACCCUUAUGGAUAUAUAGUGCUAAAUGAACCAUAAUGUUGCGCUAAUGCGGUCCUCUUAUGUGAUCUAGCUUUGUAACAGUUGACAGCUACGGUUGCUAAGUUAGCUUGCUUAUCUCGGAUUCUUCACAUUUUUAAUGAAACCCAGACGUUUUUUAAAGAUACCCUUUUAGGUCAAAGUUUACCGUAGCAGUUACCUGGCCUUUCACUUGUUGCUUUUAUCAGCUUACAUAUCAGCCGCCGCAUUGUUUGGUUCAACAGAGCUUUAUCCUGUUAUAAAAGCGGUGAGCCGGACUCCAUUCCCGUUUCUCCUACUUUAACAGUCCUUGCUCUAUUAUCCUUUAAAUUUAGGUUACGGGAAUUAAAAUUUAAUUGUUAUUUAACUUCAGAGCUCCACUCUAAAUAUCGGCGUUAUUAAAUCGUCAGUAACACCUUGAAUUAAAGUAUUACUAAUGUGACAUUGUGUAACAUCCACUUGCAGCAGCUGUAGUUUUUUUUCGGUGAGGUUGCCUUAGCCUCCAGAACUCGUUUUUGUAGACUUGAGAAGACUUGUCUUGUUGGUACAAACUCUAGAAAAUAUCUGGUCUUUAAAAUGUCAAGAAAUUUGUUUUUACCAAGGAUGAAAAUCGUGGCUCAGAAUUAGGGCCCGACCGAUAUGGAUUUUUUUAGGGCCGAUGCCGAUACCGAUUAUUGGGGGGGUCCGAUCGGCCGAUUUUUACAAUUUUGUAAUGAAGUUAUACAUAUACUGUAGAUAUCUACAGAUACACUGUAGGCUUCUGCUCUUCACGCCGACAGGAAGCGCGACUGAUCAAACUCGGAAAAAAUUGUUUUUAACUACCGUCAGUAACAAUUAAUCGGUUCGCCGAUAAAUCUGUUGGGGUUUACUUAGAAUGUUCACUUAUCUUACUCGUCUCUAAAUCCUCCAUGUAUCACAGUCUUUAAAUUUAAGCGCUUUUUUAACAGAGUAAACACCUCUCAUCUUUGUGUCUACUUCCAUACACAAAACCACUAUUAUGGUGUAGACUGCUGACUUGACAGUAGCCCAUAAGAAGUUCAUGGACUCCACAGGAAGGGUCAGCCACAGCAGAUCAUUGCUGUUAGUCUUGCUGUUCACAGAGUGCUGUAUGGAAGCAGACCUAUGAAAAGUUGACUGAAGGAAAAAGUGAGGAGGAAAAGGAGACCAACAAACAGGGAUGAGGGCAGCCUUGAGAAGGGAAGUGAAUUCAACAACUUUGAAGAGGUUUGCAAGUGGACUGAGGCUGAAGUCAGAGCUUCAAGUGCUCCCACACACAGACAAGUCCAGGAAAUAGACUACAAGUGUUCCUGCUGUCAAAACACUCAAUUUCCACAGUCUGUGAUGAUUUGGGGUACCAUGUCAUCUGCUGCUGUUGGUCCACCGUGUUUGUGUGUUGACACAGCACCUGCCCAGAGUGCCAAAAACUCCAACCAAUUAGUUUGCUGACCACAUUAUUGUUGUGCUUGAUUGUCCAGCCAACUAGCCCUGAACUACUGGAACUAAAUCCCUUCAAGUAGGAGAAACACUUGACCCUAAAAUACAGAGCAGCUGGGCUUCAAUAAGACCAAGAAAUCCCUGAACUAUCCCUUAGUUGUUGUCGGGAACAUUAACAGCUGUGACAUAAAAACAGGAUCUAACAGUUCAAGCAGCGCUGCAAAGUGUCCAGUCACUGCAUUCGAGAUCAGACUGUAGAUAUACUUUGCAGCGUCAGGACAUGAUGGUGCAUUUUAGGUGCUGUGGAUGAAUGAAGGAUUAAAAAAUAAAUCCCAACAAUCGCAUCAUGUAAGAGCAACCUUGUUUUUCUUUGUGAUUUAAAAAUACAAGUUGGUAUAACCCAGAACAAAAAACGUUUAAAUAUUGUUUUUUUUAAACUGUGAUGAUUAAAUGGUUGUACUUUUUGGAGAUAAAAUAAUGAUGUCUCAUAGUGCUGCAGCAAACUCGAAACUCUUUCGUCAUAAAUUAUAAUAAAUAAUUUAUUUUAUCUUUGAAAAUAUGCAAAAGGCCACGUAUCCUACAAAACUUUCAUCAGGUGUUAAACUAUCAGUUAGAAUUAGUGUUUGUUCAGUUAAGUAAUCAUAUUAGUGUCAAAUAUUAAUUAUUUUGUUGGGAGACAGACUACAGAACAUCUGUGUUGCAAGUAGGGCUGGGCGAUAUAAAAAAAGUUUAUCACGAGAUAUUUUUUUCAUAUCACUUGACAUCGAUAUAUCACAAUCUAAAAAUGAAAUUUCACAGUGUUUAUUGGUAGCUUGUCUUUUGCAAUACAAUAAGCUACUGCAUCUGUGAGGUCUUUGUGUCUCUUUGAUGUUUUGUCGUAAGGCGUUGUGUAAGGCAUUGCACGAGAGCAGUGGUUCUCAAGUCCAGUCCUGGAGGCCCACUGUCCUGCAUGUUUUGGAUGUUUCCCUGCUCCAACACACCUGAUUCAAAUGAUCAGCUCGUUAUCAAGCUCUAUGAUGGCUUAAUAACGAGCUAAUCAUUUGAAUCAGGUGUGUUGGAGCAGGUGUGGUUUCACUGAUUAGUCCCUGCUCUCUGUUUGGAGGUAAGGUAAUCAGUGAAAUCACCUGGUGGAGUUUUGGGUUGGAAAGAAAACCUGCAGCCCUUGGCCCUCCAUGGCACGAUUGCCCACCCCUGGUUUAGGGUUUGUAACCUCUGCUGCGUGGCACUGCUUCAGGUGGUGAUAAAGAUUUGAGGUUUUCCCCUACUUCGCCAGAGCAUGUACUCAGCAUAAUUUCCGGUGCACAUUACUUCGCUUCAUAACCAACCUCAAAACACCAAAAUACCUACACACCACAGAUGUUUUUGUGCCAGUUGUCAACAAUGUCGUCAUCUGUCAAGCCUUCAUCUGCAUUUCUGCUGGGGUUAGCUCUCAUUUUCUUUUUUUCUCACCAACAGUGUUGUCGGCAUCACGUGUUAAAGUGCUAUAGUUGCGUGUAGCUGCAGUCUGCUACUACGCAGUUGUUUGCUACUUGGUUCUAAUUCAGCACAUGAUUGGUUCAGUGCAAAGCGAACCUGGAGCAACUCCCCUUUUCAUUGGCUAUUCAUAUACUCUACCAUGGCUGCAUGCCGACUACUGAAAAGCAUACUGACCAUGUUAUAAUUUUCGAUAUAUAUUGUUAUUGUUUUAUUGCCCAGCCAUAGUUGCAAGAGGUAGUGAACUUUCUGUUUUCCUAAAAGCUGAAGAAGUGUAUUGGGUUGUUAUUUUCUGAAGUUCUCUCUCUGUGCUGGUGUUGAAACUCGCUAAUGCUCUAAGAGUGUGUUUAUCCUGAGGAUAUUUGACCACUUGUUCAUUAAUUAAGAUUACAGGAUUAAAGCAUAAUGUGGUCAAAGUGCUUGAAGCCCACAUUGCAUUAGAGUCAAUCUGAUGUGUUUCUCUGCAUAAAGCUGCAGUUGUUCAGGAUUUAACAACAGAUCAGAGUCCAUAAUGGUGCAUUACGAAUGUCAGAAAAUGUCUGACAGGAUAUUUAAUGGAGGGAUGAUAUUUUGGGUUCUAAAAAGGCUAAAUAUUAACCUCACUGUAAUGUCAAUUAUUCCUUGGAAAACCUCCUUCUCUUAUGAAAACAUAUCUGAAGAACAUCUGGAGGGGAUAUCUUCAAUUUUUACACAAUAUCCUCUCAGAGUCAGAGGUGAACUGAGUUGAUUUUGGAAGGCAAAUGUCAAAGCAACCUUGAUUUAUCCUCUUGACAAAAAACAUGAAAUGUCAGCAGCAGCUGGAGGCUUUCUUUAACUUACAUCUGGUUUAUGUUUUUAUGUUUUUAUCUGCCUGAGAGGACGACAGGCUUCGACAUCGAUAUGUGGACUCACCCACUUGCUCUCACACCUGUUUGUUCUACUGGAAAGGUCCACAAACAGUCACAUGCUCUGCAGAGACACACAAAGACAGACAGAGAGAGAGAGAGAGAGGUCCUGUGGCUUUAGAUGACUGUGAUCUUAUCUCUUUCCUUUAAUGUCAGGCUUUCGAUAUUUUCAGGGUUAUGUGUUUUAAAUAUGAUUUAAUAAUACAGCUGCCAUCCUGGCCAAAGCACUUAACUUUUUGUGCCUGUUUAAGAACUAUGAGGCUGUAAUUCUCGUUCCUAUUUAGGAUAUGUCAUUGCUCUAUGUCAAAAUGUAAAAUAAUGUAAAAAUGUCUGGGAUUUUUUUCCUGCUGUCUACAAAACAGAGGUUUCUAUUGAACCAUAUUCAGUCUCUGUUCCCGCCCUGAUAUCCUCUGUGUGUGUUGGCAUUUAGGAAGUAAUUGAAGCAGAACAUCUGUGCGCAUCGUGUCCAUUGAAGCCGCAGCACCACACAGAGAUGAAGGAUGAGCUUGAAAUGAUGAGCAAUAACAGCAGUGCGGUCCUCCUGUCUGUCUUUCUCUCAGUGUUAACAGGGACAGAGUCAUUCUGGUGGUUUUUCAUCCGCAGUGUAGUUUUCUUCCCCCUUUUUUUUUUUUUCCAGGGAAACCAGUCCCCUCCACCCUGAGGGACGAUUUGACUAAGCUGCUUUCCUCUGCAGCUCUGCAGAGAUGUGAUAGAGAGAAGGAUGAAGGGGGCAGGGUGCUGCUGCUGCUGCUGGAUCUUUCUGCAAACUAUGACUCAAACAUACAAAGGCUGUGUGUGUGUGUGUGUACAUUUGUGCAGGUUAUAAUGCAAUAUGAUCCACAAACAUUGACACCUGCAGACAGGUUUUGCACAGGUGCGACCUGCUACAGUGACAGUUCUAGCAUUUGACUAAUGGGCUGUCUGUUGUAUUGUCUGCAGAGAUGUGGAUGUGUUUGUUGGCUGAUUCAAAAGCACCAAGAACGUCUCUGUAUGGUUGUCAUCUCAGCUUUUUCAUGCAUGAGCAAAAUGAUCUCAAGUUCACGCUUGUUUUCAACCCUGACAAUGUCUUGAAAAUUGUAGGACAACCUUCCCUUGACAUUUUCAAGGAUUAUCUGGUCAGACAUGAACCUCACAGCAAAAGAUUUCCAAAGACAAAAUAUUACAUAAUGAUGGUGCAAAAUGACAUUUCAUAAAAACCCUGUUAUUUUAAAGUUAAUGCAAGAAAAAUGUUUGCCUCGCACCAGCUUUCCAUUUAUUAACACAGUGUUAGUGAACACAGGAGACCAGUUUCUGGAGUUGUCAGCUGCUCAACAGUUCAGGGUCUCCUUGGUCCUACUUUGGUAUCAUGAUGCUUCAAGUGUUUUCAAUGGGGGACAAAUCAAGACUGCAGGUAGGCUAGUUUAUCAGCAGGACUCCUCUACUACAGAGCCUUGUUGUCAAAAUCCCUGCUGAAUGUGGUUUGUCAAUGUCUUGCUGAAAUAUGAAGGUCUUCCAUCAGGGAUGCUGGCUUUGGACUGGGAGCUGAUGACAAGCUGGUUGGUUGUUACUCCUCCUUGGCGUGGAGGUCAGGGCGUCCAUGAUUUCCCAAAAGAAUGUCAACAUUUAUAUUUGUUAGUGCUCAGGACAGUUUUCCACUUCACCUUUGCUUUCAGGGCACUCAAGGACACCUUACAGGGCAAUUAAAAGACACAUCAGAAGAAUAGUAAAAAUAAUAAAAAUACAUCAACACAACAAAGUAUUAAAUAAAAAGUUGUAAGUCUGGACUCUGCAGCAGAACAUCAAAUGUUAGGAGGCCUGUCUGAAAUAAUGGGUGUUGAGACGGGAUUUGAAGAUGGAGCGUGAGUCAAUGUUCCUAAUGUCAGGAGGACGGGAGUUCCAAAGGCGGGGGGCACCGCGGUUGAAGGCUCUGGAUCCCAUGGUGGACAGAUGAGCUAGAGGCAUAAUGAGGCUGAUGGGGGAGGCAGACCUGAGAGUCCAGGUGGGAGUGUUGAUGUGAAGGAGUUCAGAGAGGUAUGGAGGAGCGAGGUUGUGGAUGGCCUUAAAUGUGUGGAGCAGAAUUUUGAAGUCCAAGCGGUAUUUGAUGGGAAGCAAGUGAAGUUGGCGGAGAACAAGUGUGAUGUGAUUGAUAGAUGGCGUUCUGGUGAUGAUACGGGUGGCAGUGUUCUGGACCAGUUGAAGCUUAUGGAUAGACUUAUGAGAGAGACCAAUGAGAAGGGAGUUGCAAUAGUCCAGGCGGGAUGUAACCAGAGUGUGGACCAGAAUGGCAGAUGCUGUUGGGGGUUAGUGAUGAACGAGGCGAUUGAUAUUUCGAAGAUGGAAGUAGGCUGACCGGGUUAUGCAAUUGAUGUGAGUUUGGAAUGACGGAGUGCUGUCAAGGACGACACCCAGACUUGACCUGAGGGGAGGGGGAAACAGAGGAGUUGUUGAUGGGGAUGGUGAAGCUUGGAGUGUUACUGAGGGUGGAUCUGGUUUUAUCACUAAGUUUGAGAAAGUUGGAUGAGAACCAUGAUUGGAUUUCCAGUAAACAGUCACAGAUGGAGCAGGGCGGGAAGGUGGGGGUGGGUUUGGUAGAGUGGUUGAGCUGGGUGUCAUCUGCAUAACAAUGUAAAAUUGAUAUUGACUUUAUGGAAAAUGUGUAGAUGUGUAGAUGAUGAACAGGGCCAAGGACUGAGCCUUGGGGGACACCAGAGGAGAGGGGAAAUGGUUGAGAUUUUAAAUUUUAAUUGAAUAAGCUGAGUACAGCCAGUGAGGUAAGAUGUGAACCAGUUCAGGGGUGUGUCUGAUAAACCAAUAGAUGCUAGUCUGUCAAGGAGGAUGGUUUGGGAGAUGGUGUUGAAGGCUGCACUUAGGUCGAGGAGGAUGAGGAUGCUUAAUUGACCGGAAUCAACUGCCAUCAGGAGGUCAUUGGUGGUUUUUAAAUCGGACCAAACGAGUUCUCCUGAAUUAGGAUGUGAUUUCCAUGAUUUCACAAUCAUUUCCCCAUCAUUUUGUGAUUAAUAGAAUAAUCACAAAAUGGACAGCUUAAUGGUUUCCGCAAAAGUAAAAGUUACAGCCAUUAAGCUGCUUGAAUUUAUGAAUGCAUCUUUUCCUCUGGGCCUCAAAUGCAGCAUCUGAUCCCACCAACCAAAGAAGGUUGCUGCUCAGUUUGUACAGGGACAACAGAGCUUUAUUCAAAUGAACACAUGCCUGUUCAGUAAGGUCAGGAACAGGUGAGUAAGUUUUGCCUCUCAUUUUGUGGUUGCAGACAUUCACCUGAUGUUGAUGUGGCAGGUGAUACAGACAGUAAAACUGGUUCGAUGUAGAUUUUGUCAGGCAGGAAAGUAGUAAUUAUGUUUGACUGUCAAACAUCAAACGAGUUGUGAGGGAUUGUUGUUUGCAGAAAAGGAGUCCAUUGUGUUUUUGGAAAAGCACUCCUGCUUCAAUAGAGGAUUUCAGCUCUUCAACAGUUCAGGGUCUCCUUUGGUGUCAUGAUGCUCCUAGUGUUUUCAAUGGGAGACAAGUCAGGACUGGAGGUAGGCCAGUUUAUCAGCAGGACUCUUCUACUACAGAGCAAUGCUGUCGUAAUCCCUGUUGUCAGAAUGCGGUUUGCUGAAAUAUGAAGGUCUUCCCUGAAAAAGUCUUUGUCUGGAUGGCAGCAGAUGUUGCUCCUAAACCUGUAGAUAUUGUCCAGCAUUAAUGGAUCCUUCACAUAUGUAAAAAUCCAUGACAUUGACUCUGAUGAUCCACAUACCAUCAGGGCUGCUGGCUUUAAACUGAGAGCUAAGAAAAAGCUGGGUGGUUUGAAGGAUGUUGCACCCAUGAAUUUCAGAAGUCCUCAAGUUUUAGUUUGACAGACCUCAGGAUUUCUUCCUCAGAUCAGUCUCUUUGAUGGAUUUGGGCCCAGAAAAAUUGCCAGUUUUUCUGGAUCAUAAUUAUAUCACAUUUCUGUGUGGUUCAGUUUAAACCUCAUUCAUGGAUGCAGUGAUAAGUUGUGUUCACAGACAUUGUUUUUUUUGAAGUGAUUACAGAGAUGUGUCUGUUUUUCAUUAAACGCUACUUGAAGCUCACAGCAUCAAAGACUGGCUGGAAGAAGAGUAUGAAGCAGCUUCAUUACACGCACAAAGAUUGCACCAGUACCAUGGUGUCGUCUCUUUACUCUGUAGAGGAAGGAUGUGGUAUCAUGUACCUAGAGAAGUCUCUGAGGAUGCGUUGUCCACAAUUUCCAAAAAGAAAAAUUAAUUUUAUUGCAUCAGACCACAGGACAGUUCUCUACGCUCCCUUGAUCGACCUCAAAUCGACUCAAUCGCCUUGCUUCUUCUUGAUGACAAAAAGUGAUAAGAACUAAUUAUAAUUUUUCUGAUUGAUUGCCACUAAUGGAUAAUAUUCUUUUGCAGUUAUUAAAUCAACCAUGCUGUCCUCUUAGACAUUGUUUCUCAGAAAUGGAAACUCAUUUCCUGCUGGUUCUGUUUUACUUUCAACUUGAUGUUAAACUGAUUUAUAAGCAGAAAAAAGAUUAAAAAAAGGGGAACCUGUUUCUUCUCAUGUCAUCCACCCAUAAUCCUCCCUGAUGGCUCCCCAGUUACUGGAAACCUGUCUGGUUUUGAGCUAACAGCUGUUUCUCUAUCUGAGUGUGUGCGAGUGGUUGGUCAGCAUUUGUGGGCUGACUGUUUCUGUUGGUUCGAAGCAGUAUUUAUUUAAAGCAACAUGCUGUCAGCCAGUAUAACAUCACAAACAAGAGAGAACAGAGGCUGUGUGCGCAUGCAUGUGUGUGUAUGUGUGAAAGGGUAAAUAAGAGGGGGUGGGGGAAUGAAAGAGGAAGUGUGAGUGAAGGAAACAAGGAGAGAGUUAAUGUGUGAAAAGAGGAAGAGAUAUGCAUUAGUUUGAAGCUGCUGUGGUAUUAUCCGUUCAGCUGGAGCUCACUGAGAUGUUCAGUUUGAUGUUGAAAAAGAUGCUGCAGGCAGAGGAUGUGCAAGCGUGUGUUUGUUAAGUACAGUCAGACCAGAAGCAGCAAAGACACAGUGCAUGCACACGCACAUAUUGCUGUAGUAUCAUCCCUCUCUCUGAUGGUUGUUUGGAGCCUGUGCAGUCUGACUCUACUCUCAGCCAAUACCACGGACAAAAAUGUUAGAUUUAGAGACAGCAGUUCAAUAUUUGUUACACUGCACCUGCACGUUUCGCUUUUGAUAGGGGCUAAUUUUAAAUUUAUGGUAAUCUCAUUGGAAGGGCCCUGUACGUUUUGAGUGUUUUCAGGUCCUCUCAGCUCUGUAUGCCAUCCUCUUCCUGCACAUAAAGCAGUCAUGGUCCCACACCCAAAGUUGUUGAUUAAAAAAAGGGAACCUCGAGUGAUAAUCUGUGCUGAAAACUGCCAGUUAGUAGAAGUGGGAAUCAACAAUGGCCCAACGAAACAAUAUUAUAACGAUACUUGGGCCAUGAUACGAUAUUAUCAAGAUACUUGGGCCACGAUACAAUAUUAUCACCAUACUUGGGCCACAAUACGACAUUAUCACGAUACUAUACUAUCACGAUAAUUGGGCCACGAUACUAUAUUAUCACGAUACUUGGGCCAUGAUACAAUAUUAUCACCAUACUUGGGCCGCAAUAUGAUAUUAUCACGAUACUAUACUAUCACGAUAAUUGGGCCACGAUACUAUAUUAUCAUGAUACUUGGGCCACAAUACAAUAUUAUCAUGAUACUUGGGCCACGAUACUAUAUUAUCAUGAUAUUUGGGCCACAAGACAAUAUUAUCAUGAUACUUGGGCCACGAUACUAUAUUAUCAUGAUACUUGGGCCACAAUACUAUAUUAACAUGAUACUUGGGCCAUGAUACGAUAUUAUCACAAUACUUGGGCUAUGAUACCAUGUUAUCACGAUACUUGGGCCACGAUACAAUAUUAUCACCAUACUUGGGCCACAAUAUGAUAUUAUCACGAUACUAUACUAUCACGAUAAUUGGGCCACGAUACUAUAUUAUCACGAUACUUGGGCCAUGAUAUGGUAUUGUCAUGAUACUUGGGCCACGAUACUAUAUUAUCAUGAUACUUGGGCCACGAUACUAUAUUAUCAUGAUAUGUGGGCCACAAGACAAUAUUAUCACGAUACUUGGGCCACGAUACUAUAUUAUCAUGAUACUUGGGCCACAAUACUAUAUUAACAUGAUACUUGGGCCAUGAUACGAUAUUAUCACAAUACUUGGGCUAUGAUACCAUGUUAUCACAAUACUUGGGCCACGAUACGAUAUUAUCACGAUACAAUAUUAUUGCGAUCUUUAACAGUUUAUAACACAGUGAGUAUUUGGAUACCAUGUAUUGCGAUUCAUACAUUUUUUUUCAACUGUUUAGCUAAUUUAGCAUUUGGCUUUCCUUUAAGUUUGUCUUAUUUACACUGUAUUUUAUUUCCAUGUAGCACAUCUUGCAAACCUUAUAUAUAUUUGUUGCAUUAACUUUCUCCUACUAUAUGAUGAUGUCACCUCUGCCAACCUCACUGGACAACUUAUUUUAUUUUUCCAUUCAGAGCUGGCCCAAGCCUAAAUGGGGCCCUAAGUAAAAUUUGAUUUUGAGGCCCUCUAUUUCUGCCAAUAUAUUGAUUGUUGAUCAUUCAUACACCUACUACAGUACGAAUUUAAUGCAUCUGACAUGUCUUUACACAUUUAAGGGGGUGGCCUUGGUAAUAACAUAAAUAAUACCAAUGCAACCAUACAAAUAAUACCAAUGAAUGACUGAUGAAUGAUGUUCAGGGUGCCACAUAUGGUUUUUAAUCUCAAAAUGUAACACAUUCAGCUACAAGAGCAGCUUGGGGCUGAUUUUCACAAUAUUCCAAGUGAUAAAGCAUUGUGUUUACUGUAAAAGUGUCAUCGGCUGUAAGAAUCAUAGGCCUACAUCAGCAGCAGCACUAAAACGUUUAUUUUUACAGUAAUAUAUACUUGAUCAUACAGAAAGCAUCACUCAUACAUGCAAAAAAUAAAAAAUAUUUACAUAUUUGUUUUGUUUUUGAUUGCUUUUGGGGGCACCCUACUGGCCCUAAGCCGGGGCUUAGUUCGCUUAUGCCUUUGGGCGGCUCUGUUUCCAUUAUCAUAGAUUUGACUUCAUAUUAACAGUUAAUUUGAAAAUAUCACAUCUUGGUAAAUGAGACGAUACGAUACAUCAACAGACAAAAUAUCGCGAUACUAUGGUGUAUCGAUUAUUUUCUCCCACCCCUACCAGUUAGCUAACUGAACAAAGUGACAUACAGGACAGUAACAUCAUGAUGUGUUUAAGGUCUAGUAGGGUUUAUUUUUGAUAAAACAUCAAAAAUUAAAGCCAAAACACAGUUUUGUCUUGUUUUCCCACUAUAGUAAAGAAAAAUAUCACUAAUAGAAUUGAUUGAGUCUCAGGCUGUUAAGUGGCCUCAAUAGCUAUAUCAAUAUCUUAAUAUUAUAUUAAUAAUCUCCAUUAACUAAAGAGCCCAAAUUGCUUGAGUUUGUUGUUUAUCAUGUUUACAGGAAGUUUUUUUGACAGAAACAACAAGUUACAUCAAAGUUAGAGCCUCCCAUUGUCUGUAGUGCUGCUUUUAUAUUUGUUAAUCAGCCUUUUAAAUAUUCAGAGAGCCUCUGGCUGUUGGUUUAAUGUCUCUUGUGCUGCGGCAGCUUCGUCAGACUCUGACACCUGAGCGAGCGUUUGUUUGUGUGCUAAACUGAACGGCUGAUGUGUUGCUGUGGGAAGUUUCACCUGCAGACUGUUUGCACUUCUCUCUCUCUCGUUUAGUCUGGUGUUAUUCUUCCUCAGUGUGCUGUUCCUUCUGUAUACAGUGAACCCUUUUUGAUCUGUUUUACCCCGUUGGAAACAGUUCUACAUUUCAGAUUGAUAAUCUGAGCAGGUGAAGGAUUAAACUUGCGCUCAUCUUAGUCUGUCUCUCUUUUUCAGGACUCGGGUUCCUCCAGUGAAGAGUUGCAGCGUCGUGUUUGUACAAAGUGUGCGUGAGUGGGUGCGCGUAGCACCGUCCUGCAGCGUGUGUGAUGUCUUCAGAGCUGCUGGUGGACCUGAGCGACGACCAUGCGCCUGCUCAGUUGGGACAGCUGAAACUGGCCACAAUAGAGGACCAGCAGUGGCCCACUGAUGAGUCGACGGUCAGCAAAUCAGGUGAGAGAUUCAGCUGAAUAUUCAUCUGUGAAGGCCAACUUGUGAGGUCCACUCUCGUGUCUUUUAGCCUAAUUUUAAUGACAGAAUCCACUUCCUGUGUCUUAAAUUGAAGUGGCGGGAUCCCUUUAUUUGGGCUGCAAAUAACAGAAGGUUCCUGUCUUUGUAAAUCCUCCACAGACUAAAGACAAACCCCCGUGACUCCGAUUUUGCGGGGGUUAUCUGUGGAGAGUUCACUCCAUCAUUACGUAAUAGUUUCAUUUCAUGUUUCGAUGUGUGUGUGUGUGUGUGUGUGUGUGUGUGUGUGUGUGUGUGUGUGUGUGUGUGUGUGUGUGUGUGUGUGUGUGUGUGUGUGUGUGUGUGUUUGUUGCAGAGACUGACCUCUCCCAGCCCUUCGAUGCCGGCUCUCCUCACUUGCCCUGGGACCACCCCUUCUAUGACAUCGCCAGGCACCAGAUCAUCGAAGUGGCAGGUCGGCUGUCCAAUGAGAUUCCUCUGUUUGUCUCCUGCCUUUAUCCCUAGUUAUAGCAGUCACAGUCGCUCCUAACCUUCAAAUCUUCAUGCUGCAUUUUUUUCAGCUUAAUUUGCACAAUUUAAAGAAUGAAAACUCACAGAUUGAGAACUCAAAGGUGACUUUUCUUACAGCUGCAGAAGGACAAACACAUAAAAGAACGAUUUGCGUUAGAGAGAAGUAGCUAUGCUUUAUUAGAUAAGAGUUUUAUACCAUUAAAAUAAUAUAUUUCUUUAUUUUAUCUGUGUGUUUGCAGGUGAUGAUAACUUUGGCAGGAAGGUGAUCGUGUUUAAUGCCUGCAGGAUGCCUCCACAGCACCAACUGGACCAUCACAAACUACUCCAGUAAGUGGAGGCGAUUUAAGGAGGUGGGGUUUUUUUGAGACGGUGUUUUCACCUUUUACAGGAACAGAAAAUAAAACUUAAUAAAGUUGUACAUUAAAAAAUAAAUGAUUAUAAUCCAGGAAAAAAUUUACUGAAGUUUUUCUUUAUUGUUUGAGGGCUGGCAGAGCAGAGGUGAAGAGCAAAUUAACAUCCUUUAAGGCCUGAUUUUGUAAAGUUUCGUGUAUAAACUUUAAAAAGCCUGCAAACAAACAUGCAAACAGAUUUACUUAAAUAAAAUAAAUAUAAAAUGUUGAUAAAUGCUUAAAAAUCAGACCUUUUUUAAGGGAUCUUAGUAAAUUAAGCAGGUAAAAGUUUGACUCUUCAGGGCUCGACAGUGCGACCAUUUCACUCACAUUCGCAACUUAAAAUUAGAUGCCGAGGCAAUGAAAGUUAUUUCAUGUAAAUAUCGCAGUGAAGUUAGUUUUAGGUUGGACAUUCACUGCAGAUCUACCGUUUUCUUCUCACUCUGCAUAACCGGGAAUAGCAACAGCAGCGUGGUUAAAUCUACACGGCACCCUUGCUUAUCAACAUCUGGUAUUGAAUAAGGGACCAUCAAUAAAUUACUGGUUAAUGUUCUCAAAGAAGGCUGUUUUCCUUCAAUAGCUUCCAUGUCAUGUGACCAGUUGACCUAAAAUUGAUUUCAGAUAAUAGUACAAAGAUCAGACAAUAAGACACACCUCUUUAUUUUCCUAAUUUGUCCUCUAAAAAAUUUUGUUUUAAAAUUAGAGGCAGAUUUUGAACAUUUUCUUCAAUAGCUUCCAUGUCAUGUGACCAACUGACCUAAAUACAGUUUUUUCUUGUCUUGAUUUCAAAUAAUAGUGCUUACGUCGACCAAAAAGACACACAUUAUUUGAUCAAUUUUCAUUGCGCCCCUAAAUUUCUUUGUGUGCUCCUGACUUUUUCAACUUAGAGAGAGAUAAACUGCCAUACUGUAGUUUCUCUUCAGCUGAGAGGCAGGGAUGGGUAUGUGAAGUGAAAAUACCAUUAGAUAGUCACAGGGAAUUGUUUGAUGACACUCCUGUUUGCGCGUUCACACACCAAUGAAGGUCUGUUUCCUUUCUUAGCAGCUCUGUCAGUGUUAUUUCAUCUUAAAGCCUGAGCUGACAAAAAAAACCCAACAAAUAGCAGGAGUUAUGAUCUUUCAUGCUGAAGAUGAAGGUGGAAGUGUGAUGUCUUGAUAAACCUUUAUCGGGGAAUGAGGUCCAAUGAAAACCCUCUCUUCUAAUCCAGGAAUCACAGCUGAUUGACUGAUCUGCUUAUCUUCUAGGUAUCUUAAAGGAACUCUGGACCAGUACGUCGAAAGCGACUACACUCUGAUCUAUUUCCAUCAUGGGCUGACCAGCGAAAACAAACCGUCCCUCGGCUGGUUACGAGAAGCUUACAGAGAGUUCGACAGGAAGUAAGAUCAAAAGCAUCACUGAGCAUGUGCAGACACAGACCCCUGCUCACUAUUUGAGGGGGAGAUUUGUUUGUAUUUAGAGGGAUAUUUGGUGUCUUAGGGGGAUUAAACCAUACUAAUCAAUAGAGUUCUUCCGCAUGAGUCUGCAGCUUUACUUUUAGAAGGUUUCAGUUUAUUUACGUUCUUUAAAUCUGAACCAGACAUGUUGGUGUUUCUUUUACUGUUAUAGAAAUGUGGGAUUAUAGAAGCUAAGAUAUAAUAUAAUCACUUGUAAUACAAAUUCAGCAGAAACCUGACGCCAUAUUCAAAAAACACAGCAUGUAUCAUCCCAGAAGUACCUAUGAUGUUACAAACCUCUGACAUAUCUGCUGUUUAUUCCUCUUCUUUUUUCAUUCAGGUAUAAGAAGAACAUCAAGGCUCUGUAUAUCGUCCAUCCUACCAUGUUCAUCAAGACUCUGCUGAUCCUCUUCAAACCGAUCAUCAGGUUUUUAAAUUGUCACAUUUUGUUAAAGCUUUGUAGCUCAUCUUUUACUUUUAACAUCAUAUAUUAGCUACUGUGGUUUAAGCUAAAGAAGCCAAUUAAUUUAUAUGGAAGAUGAAACCAUUAAAAUGCAGGUCUAGCGACAUCUAGUGGAAGUUUGAAAAACUGCAACAAUAUUAAGCUCAUCAAACAGUGCGCAGGAUUUGAUCUGACGUCUUUACUCUGGUGUUGAAAAAGUCUGUGAGGAUUUAGGUGAAAAAAAAACUUUUAAACAGAAAGAAAGUCACUGCAGGUUGUUUAAAAAGAUUCUGUGUUUAACAUAUUUUAUAGGGCCCGACUGAUAUGUAUUUUUUGGGGCCGGUGCUGAUACCGAUUAUUAGGGGGGAAAAAAUCCAAAUACUGAUUAAUCGGCUGAUUUUUUAAACAUUUUUGUUAAGUUAUAAAAAAAAAAAAUAAUAAUAAUAAUAUAUAUAUACUGUAGAUAUCUACAGAGUUUUGGCGAGUUACCGAUUAGUCUCAAACAGGCGAAAAUACGCCGAUCUAAUCGGCUUGCAGAUGAAUCGGUCGGGCCGUAAUAUUUUAUAUAUGUUGCUAAAACUGUUAAGACAGCAGAAAAAUGAAAAAUAACCCAGUUUUUGGUACGGUAAGUUGAGCAAACUGAACAAAAAUGUCAUUGACUAAAUGUUAAAAUAUGUCAUUUAAAACAUGAAUAUUCCCCAAAAGCCAUGACAAUGUUACUAAUAUAGGACAUUGACAACAAGGUAUUUGAAAAUGCUUUACCAAAGGCCUUAAAGAGUCAUGACUGAGAUCAAAAGUAAUGGUAGAGGGGACAAAGUAGCUAUGCUUUAUUUCUAGAGCCGUUCAAAAUCAAGAAAAGCAGAAACAGGAAAAAACUGAUUUGAAUUAAAAGUUCAAAAGGUACAGAAAAAAUUGAACACAAUGUAUGUAAUGGAAAACUAUAUCAUAGAAGAUAAACAUUUUUUUUUUUAAAUUCACUAAAAGCAAAAAAAAUCUCUGAGAGCAAAGUAUUGCUCAUUCAUUUAAAGCAAAUGUAUCUUUUUAUUUCACAAAUUAAAAAAUAUUGUGUCCGAUAAUUUUCGUUAUUGUUGUUUUUCUGACAUUUUUUUUUUUUUGUAAUAGCAUUUUUUAAAAUAUUUUUGCGAUGUUAAAUGUUUCUGUUGCUGUUGUUUCUGAAAAAAUUUUUGGCUGUCAGUGAAGUGUUUUGUGGUGAUCGAAUGUAAACACAGCUAACCUUUACUCAUAGUUUAGUAAUAAUGUCUCUACAAUCCCAGAUGAACAAGCUCAAAAACUGGUAAGAUAUCCUCAGUGUCGGUAUUUGAUCUGAUUUUGUGUCUUUGUGUUUCUCCCUCCUCAGCUUUAAAUUUGGCAGGAAGAUCAACUAUGUGAGUUAUCUGAGCGAGCUGGAGGACGUGGUGAAGUGUGAACAGCUGCUCAUCCCCGCUCGAGUCAGAGAGUAAGAGCUGGAGUCUCACCGGAGACGAGUUUAUGUCCUCUGCUUGUGUGACAGUAUAUUUAAUAAUCACCUCAAAUAUUUAUUAGGGAUGCUUGUCAUGAUUUUUUCAGCCAAUAUGAAAUGCCACAUUUUUGUGUUUGAAUACUUCAAACUCCAACAAACCUGCUGCGCAUAAAACUGUCUAUGAAGACUAAUAUUUCUGUGCAGGUGAUUCAUACCUAAUGAAAAGCUUUGUUUUGUGUCAGUAUUCCUAAUAUAUUUCCUAGCGGUGGAGAUGUUUCAGAUGAAGUCAAAGACCUCAUUGUGUCCCCUAUAAAUGUUGUCUAUUGACCUACAUACCCGUAAACCAGCAGGUUAAAAAUGUGUGUCUCAGUGUCCCUCCAUAUCACUCCUCUGUUUCUACCAGUGAAAGCACCCUCUGCUGGACAAGUUAUAUCAGUGCUGCAUAUUUUUCUCAGCUCAAGCAUCUUCAGUGCAUAAACGCAGAAGUUUUAUGAAUGCAUUUGGGAAAAUGUGUACCCUAAUACCUGGGUUAGUGUGUUUGCAGAGGUAUUAUUGGUCCUAAGAUGUCUUGUGCCUUUCAGAUAUCUGCUCCUCUUGCAGAACUAAGCCACAGCUUGGGCUUUUGGUUUAUCACUUUUUUUCAAAACAAGGUUAAACUAAAGCAGAAAUUAGAUAAACAUGAGAAUCUGCAGUCAUUUUUGAAUUUGUAGAAGAAGGAAGAGAAAACACUCGCUGAUCAUCUCUGUAUCGAUCCUCAUUUAAAUGUGUGUUUAGGGUAUUUUAACUGUGUGUCUGUUUCAGGUAUGACAACAAGUUGCGAUCGUCUCUGAAACCCUCUGCCCAGCCGCCCAUGUCUCCUCCUCGCAGCCCUCCCCUCCCCAACCAGGUGUUUGGAGUGCCGCUCGCAACGUGAGUCUCUAAUUCUACUGUAAAACUCUGCAGAAUCUAAAAGCUCAGUGAAGAAGCUCCUGCUGGUUUUAUAAACUUUACACUUUAAGGCUGGGCUUGUUUUCAUGAUGUGUCUGUGUCAUUGUGUGCUUCAGGCUCAGACAGAGGAGUCCAGAUGAUGACCUUGUUCCUGUGGUGAUGAGAGAUACCGUCGGCUUCCUUUCAGACCAAGGUGAUUCUUAACCCGUGGGGUUCAAACAGAAACACAGUGAACCGACGAGCUCUGCGUGUCUUCACACUGUGGUCUGAGUAAAAACAGGCCCAAUCAUUGUGAUCUUGUGUGUGUGUGUUUGUCUCAGGUUUGGAGAUCGAGGGGAUCUUCAGACGGUCAGCUAACGUGACUCUCGUGAAGGAGGUCCAGCUCAAAUAUAACUCGGGUACGCUCUUUCAGCACGGACCGCACGUUUGAUUCCUUUUCUAUCUAGAUGAACAAAAGUGAUGAAGAAACUAGAUUUCUGUAAAUUGGCGAAAUAGAAAAUGUUUUAAGGUGUUUUGAGCUCUGUCUGUGUGUGUUUUCCAGGUGAGAUAGUGGAUUUCAGAGAGAUUGAAGAUGUCCACUUGGCUGCUGUGAUUCUGAAGACUUUCCUGAGAGAGUUACCUGAACCUCUGCUCACCUACCAGCUCUACAACGACAUUGUCAACUUCGCCUGUACGUUUAGAAAACCCUUGACUUUGUUAUUAGACUCACGUUUACAGGAAACAAGACAACUGCAAUGGUACUCUCUCAGCUUAGAAAUAAACACAUGAAAACACUUUUCCAUCCAUACAAGUCCACCUAAAUCAUGAACAGCAUUUAUACUAAAGCCAUCCCUCAGUCUUUACACCUGAAGACUCUACAGGUUAUUACAGGUGUAGAUUCUAGUGCCCACUGUGCAGUGAUAUGAUUUUAUGGUUAGUGGUGUUUGUAUGAAUGUUUUCUUUUGAAGAAUUUACCAGUGUUUUGGUUGUAAGCUUCUGUCCUCCUCGCCUUGUCCAGCUGUAGCAGAUGACAGUCAGGUGACGGUAAUGAAGACGCUGCUGGAGUCGCUGCCAGAAGAAAACUACGCUUCGCUGAGAUAUCUCAUCACAUUCCUGGCUCAGGUACACACACAUUUAUUUUUUGCUAAUAAUAAUUAACUCAGAAUUUCAUGGCUGCAACAUGUGCCAAAGUAGUUGGGACAGGGGCAUGUUUACCACUGUGUUCCAUCACCUUUCCUUUUAACAACACUCGAUAAACGUUUGUGAACUGAAGAGACUAAUUGUUGAAGCUUUGAAGGUGGAAUUCUUUCCCAUUCUUGCUUGAUGUACAGCUUCAGUUGUUCAACAGUCCGGGUCUCCGUUGUCGUAUUUUACGCUUCAUAAUGCGCCACACAUUUUCAAUGGGAGACAGGUCUGGACUGCAGGCAGGUCAGUCGAGUACCCGCACUCUUUUACCAUGAAGCCACGCUGUUGUAACACGUGCAGAAUGUGGCUUGGCAUUGUCUUGCUGAAAUAAAAAGACGUUGCUUGGAUGGCAGCAAAUGUUGCUCCAAAACCUAUAUGUACCUUUCAGCAUUAAUGUUGCCUUCACAGAUGUGUAAGUUACCCAUGCCUUGGGCACUAAUGCACCCCCAUACCAUCACAGAUGCUGGCUUUUGAACUUUGCGUCGAUAACAGUCCGGAUGGUUCUUUUCCUCUUUGGCCCGGAGGACACGACGUCCACUAUUUCCAAAAACAAUUAGAAAUAUGGACUUGUCAGACCACAGAACACUUUUCCACUUUGCAUCAGUCCAUCUUAGAUGAGCUGGGGCCCAGAGAAGCCGGCGGUGUUUCUGGAUGUUGUUGAUAAAUGGUUUUCGCUUUGCAUAGUAGAGUUUUAACUUGCACUUACAGAUGUAGUGAUGAACUGUAUUUACUGACAGUGGUUUUCUGAAGUGUUCCUGAGCCCAUGUGGUGAUAUCCUUUACACAUUGAUGUUGGUUUUUCAUACAGUACUGCCUGAGGGAUCGAAGGUCACAGGCAUUCAAUGUUGGUUUCCGGUCGUGCCGCUUACAUGCAGUGAUUUCUCUAGAUUGUCUGAACCUUUUGAUGAUAUUAUGGACCGUAGAUGUUGAAAUCCCUAAAUUCCUUGCAACUGUACUUUGAGAAACGUUGUUCUCAAACUGUUCGACUAUUUGCUCACACAGUUGUUCACAAAGUGGUGAACCUCACCCCAUCCUUGCUUGUGAAUGACUGAGAAUUUUUGGAGAAGCUGCUUUUCUACCCAAUCAUGGCACCCACCUGUUCCCAAUUAGCCUGCUCACCUGUGAGAUGUUCCAAAUAGGUGUGUGAUGAGCAUUCCUCAAAUUUCUCAGUAUUUUUUUUGCCACCUUUCCCAACUUCUUUGUCACGUGUUGCAGCCAUCAAAUUCUAAAGUUAAUUAUUAUUUGCAAAAAAAAAUAAAAUAAAGUUUAUGAGUUUGAACAUUAAAUAUCUUCUUUGCAUUGUAUUCAAUUGAAUAUAGGUUGAAAAGGAUUUGCAAAUCAUUGUAUUCUGUUUUUUAUGUACGUUUAUCACAAUUUCCCAACUUCAAGGGAUCUGGGUUUUGUAAGUUUAAAAUUAAAGGUGAAAAGGUUUUUUGAAUGUUUGUGAGCACAGCUGAUCUGGAUUCGGUCAUCUCUAAAAAACUUUGGAUUGAAACGUUUGGAUCAGGUCAAUCCAGUCCUGUUUAUUUUCUAGGAACAAAUAUAAAAAGAAGAAAAGUGGAUGACCUGUUCCUGGAUAGAAAAACGAUAAAUUCCUAAAUCUAGAUCAUUCAUGAAAAGAUUAGGAUUUAAUCUUUUGACCGACAAGUACCUGCCCCUGUUAUCAGAGAGAGAGAGUGUGUGUGUGUCUGUGUGUGUUUUAAAAGCAUUAACCUGUUUGUGUGUGUGUUUGUGUGUGGUUAGGUAUCAGCCAACAGUGAGAUAAACAAAAUGACCAACAGUAACCUGGCCGUGGUGUUUGGGCCCAACCUGCUCUGGGGGCGGGACAACGCCAUGUCACUCAGCGCCAUCGGACCAAUCAACAAUUUCACCAGAGCCCUGCUGGACCAACAGCACCUGGUCUUUGCCUAAGCCCCACCCACUUCACCUGCAGCCCCUCUAUCAAAGUCAGAAACACCCUCGCUCUUUCAGUCUUUAGCUCCCCAUGUUCUUCAGUCAGCUCCACCAGGGUACUCCUCUCAGAAAAUAACCCCAAACUGCAGAUCUCACACACUUAACUCCUCAGCUAUGCUAUUAAACCCCCUCAGAGCUACCUGCAUGUGUUUCACCUGUGUUUCAGUCUGUUUUUAGUCUUUCAAGGAAGACUUAGAGCAGUUAGAUGUCCUCAGUCUGUCUCUGUUUCUCUGUGACGUGGUUUUCAGUCUGUCUCUCUGCUGUUUUCCGUUUUAGUGCCAAAAAAAAAGAUAAAAAAGCCUCAAGCUUUCACAGAAAAGACACAAAAAGAUGGCAGGGUGUUGAUUUAUGAGAAAUAACCAACUUGCCCCUUAGAUUUCUAAUCUCAGACUAAAGAGAGGAUGGAGGUGAAAGUCUCAGGUUAACUUACAGACGGUGAUCUUGGUACCAAAUGAUGACAAUCUUAAAAAAUGCUGUAAUUAAAAGUUAAAAGAACAAGCCCAAACUCAAUGCAGCAUGUUUAAUGAAACGAGUGCUGGACCUGGACCUGCUUUAGGUUUCAGAUUUUUAAGGGAAAAUACUGUCAAAUAUCCUCGUAUGAACCUUAACUGCUCCCUCUUUAUUACAUCGGACUUCAUUAUUAACAUAAAACCUGUGAUGUUUUUUCUCACUGCAUCUCACAAAAGUAGCAUUUUUUUUUUAAAGGUACAGGAUCAGCAGCAAACAUGACUCCUCAAACAGUGAAGUUUAACUCUCAACAGCACAAAAAUCAUCUAAACCAGUGGUUCUCAAGUCCAGUCCUCAUGCCCACUUUCCUGCAGGUUUAGGAUGUUUCCCUGCUCCAACACACCUGAUUCAAAUGAUCAGCUCGUUAUCAAGCUUUGUGAUGGCUUACUAACGAGCUGAUCAUUUGAAUCAGGUGUGUUGGAGCACACCUGAUUCAAAUGUGCACACCAAAACAUGCAGGAAAGUGGGCCUCGAGGACUGCGCUUGAGAACCACAAGAUUUAUUUCAAUUUUUUAAUACGCCAUAAAGGCAAGAAAAAAGAUUGAGAACAAACCCAACCAUCAAGUUUUUGCUUUCAUUAAGCUCCUAAAGCCAUUCUUGCAAAAUCAAAAGUAGAAACUGAAAGCUCAGGAGUUUACAGGUCAGUUUAAAAGUUUUUUUGCAGAUUUAAAAGAUUCAAGUAAAAGUCCAACCAUAUUUUUUUGUGCUUAAAUUAAAGUUAAAUUUAAGCACAUCUAGAAAUAUCUAGUUUAAAACCCCAAAGCUUUGCUAUUUCAGCCAAAUAUUGUCUGCAAACCAGAAAUUUUAAAGAAAAAACAAAAAAGUUUCUGUGUAAACUUGUGUUUUUGUGCAAUGUUUUCUAGUUAAUAAUAAUAAUUAUGAUGAUAAUAAAAUGAUUUCAUCCGAUUUUUUAAAUUUUUUUGUCUGCAACUUCAGAAACACUGAUUUGAAGCCCCAAAAUAUAUAUUUUUAAUUUUAGCUGAAACAAUUCUGCAAACCUCUUUUAAAAUCUCUUUUAAAGCUUUGAAAGUUUUUGCAAAAAUCUGAUGUUGAGAAAAAAAAAUCCCCCAAAAAUUCUUGCAAAUCUAAAAGUUUUCACUGAAAUCCAAAUGUUCUUAAUCAUUCAAAUUAAAAUGCUUUGUUUGCAGGUCCAGUCAAUCCGUUUUAAAACUCCUGACUUAACUUAUCUAUCCUCAACUAUUUAAUGGCAAACCGAAAAGUAUAAAUUUAAACUUAAUGCAAUUUUUCAGUGUCAGUUUUCUCUCAGAUUCAAAAGUUCAGUUCAAAAAUUGUAGAAAGUGAAAAUGUUGCAAAUGCAGGUAUUCAGAUUUGGAACUCCUGCAUUGAAAAUCGAACGUUUUUUGCACUUUAAAAGAGUUAUUUUUAAAGUCCGUAAGUCUUUUUGUAAAUUUUAAUGUAUCUGUAGUCGAUGUUAUAAUAUUUGGUCGCUGACUGAAAAAGUUUUGGCAGUUUUAAGAUAACAGCAGAUGUUGUUCAGGUUUUAUUCCAGACUGCGCCUGCUGAUAGAAACAUGUUUCACCUCCUCUCAGACGAUCUUAGAGUUUUAGCUCAACAAGAAAAAUCAUCCGAUUUCAGAUCAAAGUUUAUGAUAAGGGAAAUUCAAUUGAAUCUUCAAACAAAAUUUUUGAUUCUAAAUGGUCCUUUUUGUUAAAAACAAGAAUGUAAAAAAUCCAGUCUGAUAUCAGGGUGUGAAAUCGCUCUCAAAUUGUUUGUCGCAUUGCGGACUUAAGAUGCCAAGUAAGGAUCCUCACACUCGGCAGCUCCUUUUGCUUCAUUUUGCCAGUUCACCUUUAAUGGAGUUAUUAUUCUAUUUCAGCACAGUUUACACAUUCCUAUAAACUUAUUUUUCAUCACUUUCUACCGUUAAUACUUUUUGUUUUUCCUACACAUCUUGAGGUCUUUAGUUUUUGGAGUCGCAGGUUCAGUUUGGCUGCAGAUUCGCUGUAAACGUGCUGCUAGUUCCUUUAGUAGCAACAAGCCUUGAUUAUCUUUCUGUUGAUUAACAGAUUUGAAGAGUUAUUUUAUAAGUUUUGUACAUAGUUUCUGUUCAUCUUCACUAAAAUCAGUCUGUCAAAUAUAAUAAAACAUCUAUCUUACACUAAACCAAGCCUGUUUUUAGAGAUGAGCGCAGAAAAACUUAGAAAUGAGCGCUGAUGCUGGAGUGAAGGCAGUUUAUGUUUGUCUUUUGCUGACGUUGAACCUCUAAUGGAGUUCGUCCAAGUAGUCUGAUGGUUUCUGCGGAUGCUGCAGGUUUCUGAAGGAAAAUCAUAAAGAAGGAUCAGAUUCAGGUUUUUUUUUUUUUUCGCCAAAAUUACUCAGUUUUUACUCGUGACCUCUGCUUAAUUCUCUGGUUUUAUUAGGGAGUUUUUCAAAGCCAAAAGUUGUCUUAUUUUUUUAAUGAUAUCUGCAGAUUCAGUUAGUCUGACAACAGCUAAUCAGGAUACAAAGAUGCUUUAUGAAGAGGAUUUCACAGGUGAGAGAGAUGUAAAACCUGCAAAAAAAAUGCCAUGUAGUCAACUGUUUAUUUUUAAUCUGUAUGCAAAGUGUGUCAAUUGAACCAUGUAAGUGCAAUCUCAAAUCCAACAUUACUGCUGUGCACUUAUUAGAAAUUAUGUCUGCAUAUUGAAAAUGCUCCUACUUAGUUCUCCAGUCCGUUAUUUGCAAAUAUUUAGACAACAAAGCACUACUUUGAACCAGAAAAGAUGUUAUCUCAAAUAUCAGAGCACUUCAGACAAGAGUUAAACAUUUCUUUAGGUAGAGGUUUUAUUUAUGGAUGAACUUUAACGAUUCAGGUCAAAUAGUUUUAUUUUUGUGCUUCAUGGUACAUUUUCCAGCUUUAUUUUGGACUCCCAAAGCCUUAACUCUAACUCCUCUUUCAGUUCCUGCUCCGAAUUCUGCUCAUUUUAAGCGCCCGGUUCAUGUAAAAGCUGAACAUAUCCGUGUUUAUGAUCAACUGUAUUUAUGUCCAGACUCCCAGCCAAACUCUUCAGUCUUUAGUGUUUACGGCUAAAACACUUAUCAGUGGGUGAAUAUCAGUGUCGUGAUGUUGAAAUUAUUCUGUAAAAUGUGACUGACAAGCACCAAAAGUUCCGAGUUUAGUUCAGACUGAAGCUGAAAGCAAAAAAAAAAAGGUGUUAACUUGUUGUGACUCCUGGUCAUGCCAAUGCUGAAUCAUUGACAUGCUUUUAGUGAACAUAUGAGUGUGUGUAGGUGUGUGUUAUGCUUACUCAGUGUACUGGACCCAGCACACGCUGGGGGUUCAGAUAUAUGCUUAAACUAAACAUAGGGCUCCUGUCAGGUGGGAUGUGAGUGUGUGACCGUGUGUUUGUGUGUGUUUUUGUUCUCUGACAAGACUUAAAUCUUUAUUCGAACAUUUCAGUUGCCAAAGUUUUACUAAAGGUUACUCAAAAACACAUUCAGAACCUCAGUGAAAAUAGUGCAAAAUUAUAGAACCGCUUGAGUCCCAGAAAGUAAAACUUGUUAUCCUGUGCGCACAAGUUGCACUUCUUGUCGGCACAAGAAUUAAUCCAUGUAGAUAUCGUGUCAUGUACACAUAACUAAACAUGUACAUGUUAUAAUGUUGUGAGAACAAAAUGAUUUUUUACGUACAGGAUAAUAAUUCUUUUCUCUGUGGGAAGAAAUGAUCUUGUGCUCAUAGUUUUAAUCUUGCAGCUACAAAUAUUGCAUAAAUAUUGUGUGCAUAAGAUAUUGUCCUGUGGGAUCUGUUUAUUAUCUUGUUUGCAGAAAUAUAAAUAUCCUGUAAAUAUCUUCUGCUUACAAGUGAAACAGGAUUUUAUCUUGUGCGCUCGGUAUAAUUAUCUUUGUCCUGUGAGCUCAGGUUUUUCUCUUGUGGUCAAAACAUAAUAGUGGUUCGUGUCAAAACAGAUAUCUUCUUUGAAUAUUAUCCUGAGGGAACAAGUUAUCUUGUGCUUUUAGGUUAUGAUUUUUUGUGAAGAAGUUAAUAUCUUGUGCAUGCAAGAUAUUAACACGCAAGACACAUUCUUCUGUGUGCACAAUUUGUGCACACUCAUGAACUAAAGCACACCAGAUAGAUAUGUUGUGUAUAUAGGAUUCAAAACUUAUUCCCACAAGAUGGUUAAAGAUGCACAUGAUUACAGGUCUGUCAUUUGAUAAGACAGGUAUUUUGUCGGAUUAUUUAAUCAUGAGCGCAACAUUUUCACCACAAGAUACUUAAUUUGCAAAAGAAAUUUACUCUUCUGUGGACGUCAGGAGCUUCUCUCAAAGUAUUUUUGAAGCCAGUUAUUAUUUUUUAAUCUCAGAGGUACAGGUGUUUAAUUUGAUGACGGCAAUUAAUGCGGUGUGAUUGUUGAGUGUGUGUGUGCGCGUGUGUGUGUGUGCAUGCUCGUGCCUUAUUUGUUUCCCCCAAGUGAUCAUGUGAUUAGCCAUCAAAGUGCCGUUGUGCCCGUUCUGCCAUAGAUUAAUACGACAUGAGGUGCGUUCAGCAAAGCUCCGGUGUUCAUUUGUUGAUGAAGACAGUGGACAGACUUUCAGGCACUUUACAGUCUUUACCGCCUGUUUCCCAGCUGCAGACUGGUGUGAUCUGCUGCAGUGUAACCAACCUGUUUGUACCUGUUAUUCAUUUAAGACCUUAAAUAUGUAAGACGAGGGCUCAGGCUGAAAAUACAAUAGAAAACAAAAGUGAUCUCCCUUCUGAACUUUGCUUGUUGAACGCAGCUCAGCUGUAAUAACUGAUCACAGGUUUGAGAAAUGUGACCCCAUAAUUCUCAAGUGCUCCAAUUGAAGAGGAUAAGAGCCUCAUUUUUAUUCUCUGAGAUUUAGAUCCUGAAAUCAAUGACAAAAGAUUCAAACCAGGAUCAGAAGCUGAACUUUUGCUUUUUUGAGCUCAGGAUUCUCCAGAAAUCUCCAGACCCUUUUAGAUCGAGCAUCGUCCAAAUCCCUUUUUCCACAAGGCCCCUAAAGGUCCAAUAGGUAACUUUUUAGUUUCUUUAUUAUUUAUGUUUGAGUUUAUAUUCUUUGGUUGUUUUGUUCAGUAUUUUAUUAUUAUCCAGUCAACCAAACACUUGUUCAUGAUUCUCAAAUGCAUUUAUUUUAAUAUCAUCCUUUCACACCUUCAUCAGAUGUACAAAAACUUCCACUACGACCAGAUCCUCUCUCUGCUUUUGUAUCCAGCUACUUUUUUUCAUUAUCCUUCAUUUUACCAAGUAUAAUUUUUGUUUAUUCAAUUCCUCUAACAUCAUUUCUCCUGAACUCUGCUGAUCAAUUACAGCCCGGUCUAAUCUAUGGAUCUCUGUACUGUAACUGUUGUCAUGGUAACAGUGUAAGAUAUUUCUCUGUGGGAGAAAUGACUCGAUUUUCAUGCUGAUUUAUUGAUACUUAGUGACUUUAUUUUCUUAACUCUUAUUUUUCAUCCUUUACUUUUGAUAUGUUGUGGAUCUUAGUCUCAUAUAUGUAUGAUAUAAUGGUAAUAUAAAUAUACUGUAAUAUCAGUGUGUGAAAACAAUAAAGAAAUGGUGAAUGAAACUCA